AUGUGGUGGAUGCUGUUCCCGCGAUGGAUCUGGUUCUUUGCUGGACAGUGUAUCAUGCUCCUCUCAGAGAGUCGCGUAAGGGCCAUGUCCCUGCCAAAAGUAGUAUACUCUCAUGCGGGGAUGUGUCCCAACGAGAUGAACCCCAACCUUUGGGUAGACGCCAUGAGCACCUGCACGCGGGAGUGCGAGUCCGACCAGGACUGCGAGGCGUUCGAGAAGUGCUGCCCCAAUGUUUGCGGGAACAAGAGCUGUGUGGCGGCCCGCUACGUGGACGUCAAGGGCAACAAGGGCCCUGUGGGCAUGCCAAGGGCGCCACUUGUGACAAGUUCAUGUGGCACGCAGCAGGGCUCCGAGUGUGACAUCUGGGAUGGCAAGCCUGUGUGCAAGUGCAAGGACCGCUGCGAGCGCGAGCCGCACUUCACCUGCGCCUCCGACGGCAUGACCUACUACAACAAGUGUUACAUGGAUGCCGAGGCCUGCUCCAAGGGCAUCUCCCUGUCAGUGGUCACCUGCCGGUAUCACCACACCUGGCCGCACACCAGCCCCAUGCCUGCUGAGACCACCGCCCGGCCCACCACCGCCCUCCUGGAGACCACACCCCUGGACGCCCAGCCGCCGCUGGUUGGCUGGGCAGCCCCGCCCACCGAGUCACAGUUCUGGUGGGCGGAAAAACCAGCCAGUUUCCUGUGUGAGGUGACAGGGCGUCCCAGCCCCGAGAUCACCUGGGAGAAGCAGGUGGAAGGCGGGGAGAACACUGUCAUGCGGCCCAACCAUGUGCGUGGCAAUGUGGUGGUCACCAACAUGGCGCAGCUGGUCAUUUACAAUGCCCAACCGCAGGAUGCUGGCAUCUACACCUGCACUGCCCGCAAUGCCCGUGGCUCCGCCCAGGCACACUUCCCGCUGUCGGUGGUCCAGAGGGAACCAGCCCAGGCAGCGGAUGAUGCUGCCAAUGCCACCAAUGUGCCACCAGAUGAGUGCCUGAAGGCGCCGGACAGCGGGAGCUGCGGCGCAGAGAACACCAGUUGGUACUAUGAGGCCAAGAAGAACAACUGCUUCACCUUCACCUACGGCAACUGCGACGGCAACCGCAACCACUUUGACACCUAUGAGGCAUGCAUGCGCAACUGUGGCGUGGAGGUGGCCACCCCCUGUGGCCUGCCCAGCUUGCAGGGGCCCUGUAAGGCGUAUGAGCCACGCUGGGCAUACAGUGCCGCCCUCCGCCAGUGCCAGUCCUUCAUCUACGGCGGCUGCGGGGGCAACGAGAACAACUUCGAGAGCAAGGAGGCCUGUGAGGAGAGCUGUCCCUUCCCCAAGAGCCAGGACUGCAAGGUGUGCAAGCCACGCCAGAAGAUGGUCACCAGCUUCUGCAAGAGUGACUUCGUCAUCCUGGGUCGCAUGACGGAGCUAACUGAGGACCAAGACUCGGGCCACGCCCUGGUCACAGUGGAGGAGAUCCUGAAGGACGAAAAGAUGGGCCUCAAGUUCUUCGGCCAGGAGCCGCUGGAGGUGACGCUGCUCAACAUGGACUGGAACUGCCCCUGCCCCAAUGUCACCAGCGCCGAUGGACAGCUGAUCAUCAUGGGCGACGUCCACAACGGCAUGGCCGUACUGCAGCCAGACAGCUUUGUGGGUGCUGCCAGCGCACGCCGUGUGCGCAAGCUCCAUGAGGUCAUCAACAAGAAGACCUGUGACCUGCUGAAGGAGUUCCCCAACAUGCAGUAG